AUGAAUAAACCUUUGUCACGAGCCAACGAACGGAAAAUUGAGCAUAUAUCGGCCGAGCAAACACGGUUCUCGGCCGAGCAUCGUUCAAAUUCAGAAUACAAUUUGCAACAAAACAUUACACCAAGACAGAGUGACCUACGUCGGUCACGUUCAAUGUCUGCUACACCAGGCCCUAUAGUUGCUCAUCCUGAAGUAAGCAAUAGAGCUUUAACUGCCACCAGUGGAUUUGUCAAUUUGGAUCGAGAGAAUAUAACACCGAGUGUAACACCGCAUAUACAGCCGCAUGCCACACCACGUCUUCAUGAUUUAACGUUUGGUCGAGUAGUUGGACGAGGUGCAUAUUCUACUGUGGUACUGGCUACGGGUCCAUCAUCUGAAUUAAAAGUAUCGUCAAAAGCAUCAUCAAUACCAUCUUCAAAAGCAUCUUCACUCCUCUCAUCGGAAAAACCUUUAUCCUCGGAGAAAUCACGAUUGUCUUCGGAUAAACCACGUUCGGCUUCGGAUUUAUCCUAUGCUGUCAAAAUCAUCAAUAAACGUUUCUUAUUGCGCGAACGUAAAGCCAAGUAUGCAGCCCUAGAGAAAGCUGCCUUGGUCCGAUUACGUGAUUGUCCCGGUGUUGUGCGACUUCAUGCAACGUUCCAAGACCGUGAGAGUCUAUAUUUUGUUCUUGAAUAUGCUCCACAUGGCGAUUUACUUGCCUUACUGCGUCGUCACGGCUCACUUAGCCGCGCAGUCACCUGCCAUUAUGCCGCUCAGCUUCUUUCUGCUAUUGGAGCACUUCAUUCUGUCGGGGUUAUCCAUCGUGAUAUUAAGCCUGAAAAUGUGUUGCUUGAUUCACAUUACCGUGCUAAACUAACUGAUUUCGGUACUGCAGCAUUAUUACCUCAGACCCAUAGUAACCUUGAACAAGUUUCUCGCCAUGUAACCACAUCGUUUGUUGGAACUGCUGAAUAUGUACCACCUGAAUUAUUAGCAGCAGGACAUGCAGACGGUACAUGUGAUCUAUGGGCAUGGGCGUGUGUGGUUUUCCAACUCAUAGCAGGACGUCCACCGUUCCAGGCACGUAACGAGUUUCUCACUUUCCAAAAUGUAAUGGCAGUACGCUAUACAUAUCCUCCAGGAUUUCCCUCAGAUCUUAAAGAUUUAUUACGCCGCGUUCUGAGACAUGAGCCUCGUCAACGGUUGUUGCAGCCGCAAAUUACUCAACACCAGUUUUUUGCCCACACUGACUUUUCAGAGGCAUUAUGGGACAAACCACCGCCACCGUUUGGACCUUAUGAGAGUGAACGCAUUACUCUGUCUAGUAUUUUGCCUCUCGACCAAAAUGAACGUAAGCAUAGUGAGUCUAGUUCUCGAUAUAGUGAGACUACUUCAAGGCAAGGCACACGUAGGCAAAGUGAACCUAAUGCCAAGUAUACUAAGUCAAACUCUAGGCAAACUGCAAAGCCUAUUGGUUUUGUCGACCCUGUGGACUUUGCACCUUUGGAUUCGCCUGUUCCCAACGAGCUUGUCAUGAAUUAUCAACGGUUAUCACACUCACCUAGAAUGCGCACUCCUCCACUGACUUCUCAUAAUGCUAGCGCUCUACAUGCAGCCAACUUAGCUGUCCAACGAUCUGAAUUACAAUCACAAUCAAACGUCCCUAGACCAAGAUCAAUCGCCACUGUACUACCCCGUAGACCAAGAGCGUUUUCAGAUCCAGUUGCAUCGUCAGACCCCAUGGAGUCACCAUUAUUAUUAGACCAUUUGAAUACAUUAAUUGUUUCCAAAUAUCAUAACAACAAUGAGCGUAUUAUUAAAUUACAAGAAAUUAAUGUCACCACUAUAAACACAACUCAAUUACAAUCUAUAUUCCAAAUAGCAUCACAACUACAUUUGUCUAUACAUCAAUUGUCAAAUGCAUCUGUACAUGUUUGUACUUCAAAUGAUUUACAAAGCAUUGUGAAGAGUUUGGAGGCUACGCCUGCGCCCUCUGCUUCUGUUUCUACUCUCUCCGAAUAUAAGAUAAACUCUCGUAUGGUAUCUAACGAAUACAAACAACCAGGAGGUAAUAUUUUCGACUCUACUUAUUCCAAAUCUUUAACUCAAACUUCGGCCGAAUUGAUUCCAUUGAAAGAUUAUAGAUUAAGAACGGUGGCUAUUACAAAUUAUUCCAACAUUAUAAUUUUCAUCAAAAAAAUUACUUUACCCAUAGAGUAUGAAAUAUCAAUGCGAACCACACUACAUCCUACUUCGCCCCUGUUGUUUAUCCAUUCCAAAUCAAUCGUUCUACUCCCCACAACUACGAAAUCUCUCGUCUUACGUUUCCCACUCACAACGUUCAAAUCUUGGCUAUCAAUAUUCCAAAAACAGCCUACUUCUCCUCCCUCUUUGCAUUACAAACAACAAGCAAUCAUGUAUCCAAUCUUGCAAAAAAAGCAAAAAUCUUCGUUUGCCAAAUUCUUGGAUUCUAUUUGGUGA